ACAGAUGUGUCAUGUCAAGUCAAUGUCAUGCCAGUGAAAAAAGUAAAUAAUUAUUUUAUUAAUUUAAAAAUAAUGUAGUUGUUUUAUAUAAUAAAUUAAAUGAUUUUUAAACUUUUUCACGAUUCCAAAAAAUUUGCAGUCAUACAACUUUUGUAAGUUUGUAGGUUUAUAUUACAACUUUUCAACCACAGAGUUUCAGCAAGGAAUAUAAUAUUCAUUGGUUUGAGGCAGUAUAAGAAACAAUAAUAACGUAAAAAUGGGCAAAUCUAAAGGCGUGUACGAUCCAGCUAAGAUCCAAAGGCCUUUGAGCAAAAAAGCUCAAAGGAAUCAAAAUUUGGACACUAACUGCCUCGAAAAUACUCCCAUAAUAAUGCGCAUGGAGAUAGACCGCAUCUUUAAAACUUUUGUAGACGAUCCAGAGAGCAGUGAAUACAUAUUUCCAUCAGAUCUAAAUAAUUUCCAAAGGAAAUACAUCCACUUUAAGGCGGCACAGAUGAAUUUCAUUUCCAGAUCAUAUGGUAGAGAACCCAACAGAAAUUUACACAUCAGGAAGAAAGCUUUCAAGCAGAAAGAUACUAAGAACUUUAAUAUCUCCAUUUGUCCUAAUUCAACAAGAUGUCUGGACAAUUUUGCUAUUAUGGCCAAUGAAAAUAUUAACGAUGUUGUUCUGCAAAAGCCAAAGUUUCGUGGACAAAAAAGGAUGAUUGGGAAACUAAGUUCCAGUAAACCAGGUGUUCCCCCUGAGGCAAAGUAUAACCCUGAACUAAAACGUUUCCGAAAUAGUUUACCAGUCUAUGAACACAGAAACGAGAUAGUAGAAACGAUAAAAGCCAAUAAAUUUGUCAUUUUGUCUUCAGAAACUGGAUCGGGGAAAACCACUCAGGUCCCACAAUACAUCCUUGAAGAUGCCUUUGCUAAAAGAACUCCUUGCAAAAUUAUAUGCACUCAACCUCGAAGAAUAUCAACAGUUGCAGUUGCUGAGCGUGUGGCUGUUGAAAGAAGGGAAUCUGUAGGCGAUACUAUUGGAUAUCAUAUUAAACUAGAACAAAAGUACGGAGCCCAUUCCAACUUAAUAUAUUGUACGACAGGUGUGUUUCUAAGAAACUUAAUGGGAUCAUCAGAUGCCUUGCAGAAUAUUACACACAUUAUAAUCGACGAAAUUCAUGAAAGAGACAAAUUAUCUGAUUUCAUAUUAAUUUGUUUAAAGCAACAUGUUCAUAAUUUUCCAAACUUGAGAGUUGUUCUUAUGUCAGCUACCAUCAACUGUCAGAAGUUUGUGGAUUAUUUUACCGACGUAAAAGUACUUUCAAUCCCUGGCAGGGUGUUUCCCAUAGAAACCCACUUUUUAGAAGAAAUUUUAGCAUCAACAAACUAUAUGUCACCGAAAAUGUUAGAGGCAGACUGCAAUGGAAAAUCCAAAAAGAAAAAACCAGUAAAUACCGCUUAUGAAAAGGUAGAAAAAGUGGAUGAAGAUGUCGAUGAAAUGAACGAAUGUAUGGAUGAAGAACUGGAUAGUUAUCUUACGUUUUCUGACAAUUAUGAUUAUACAGUAGACCAUGAGGAAGCUACGGCCCAGAUUUUUAUGUAUUUUAUUUCAGAGGGAGUUUCUGUGAACUAUCAACAUUCACAGACUGGAAGAACUGCUCUAAUGUUGGCUGCGCAUCUUGGAGACAAAACUUUUAUCAGCAGAUUAUGCAACAUGGGCGCUGAUCUUAAUCUCCGAUGUAAAUUAGGACAAACUGCCUUCGAUUAUGCAUGUAACGAAGAAAUAAUCAUGUUGUUGAAAUAUGUGCAGGACGAAAGAGAAGGUGAACCGGUUGCAGAUCCACAAACCGAGGGCCUCCGCUUACUUGAUUUGUAUGACAUAACAACACCAGAAGAUGUCAUUGACUUCAAUCUCAUAGUCACUGUGAUAAGUAGUAUACAUAAUAGUGGAAUCCCUGGAUCUAUAUUAGUUUUUCUUCCUGGUUACGAUGAUAUCAUGAUGUGCAGUGAUAGUAUAGAAAGGUCUGAUGCUUUAAGAGAUAAUAACUACAAAAUCUUCUACCUCCAUGGAUCCAUGAACAUUAAGGAGCAAAAUGACGUUUUUAAAGAAAUUGGCAGAAGAAAGAUUAUUUUGUCAACUAACAUAGCAGAGACCAGUAUUACUAUCGUUGAUGUUGUGUAUGUGAUUGAUGUAGGAAAAGCAAAAGAAAAAGCAUUUGACGCCUAUAAUAAGGUAUCGUCGCUGCAUACAAAGUGGAUUUCACAAGCAUGUGCCAACCAACGAAAAGGACGGGCAGGUCGUACCAAACCUGGCAGAUGCUUUCGGUUGUAUUCCAAACAACGCUAUGAGAAUAUGGAUGUGGAAAGAGUUCCAGAAAUUCUCAGGAUUUCAUUAGAGGAGAUCUGUCUACACGCCAAAGUUCGUGCUCCCGACGACAUGGACAUAGACGGUUUUCUCUCAUUAGCAUUGGACGCUCCAGCAGCCAAUUCUAUCAGAGUUGCCGUGGAACACCUUCAAUUUCUUGGUGCUCUAGAUAAAGACGAAGAUCUAACCGUUCUCGGCAGCUAUCUCGCUCAAUUGACGUUGGAGCCCCAUUUAGGGAAAAUAUUAAUCGGUGGUGUUAUUACGAAAUGUCUGGAUCCUAUUUUAACUUUAGUAGCAACACUUAGUCACAAAGAUCCGUUCCAGUUACCUCCUCAGGCAAAUCUUAAGACAAUGGCAGCUGGUAAACGAAAAGAAUUAAUCAAUGGUGUAUUGAGUGAUCAUCUCUUAUAUCUUGAACUUUUUAGGAAAUUUGAGGAAGCAACUGCUUCGGGUAAUGCGAGCCGUUUUUGUCAAGAAUACUUUUUGAGCCAGAACGCCAUGAGCUCCAUUAUAAAAACAAAAAGUCAAUUGAUGGCUCAACUUAAAAUGCUUAAUUUCGUCACUUCUAGUUCGGCAGGAUCUUACAGAAAUACACACUCAGAUUGUUGGCCAUUGGUGAAAGGGUUGAUUUGUACCGGGUUGUAUCCAAAUGUAGCUUAUCCGCACGGAAACAAACUACAAACAAGGAGAGCGACAUGUCCAUCAAUAUCGAAUUUUAGCGCUUGCUCACAUCAAGAAAUAAGGGCGUGGCUUGUUUAUGACGAAAUGUUAAAGCAAAAAGGUGGUUUUAGUCUUAGAGGAGUUACAGCUGUUACUCCUUUAACAGUCGGUCUAUUUUGCGGCAUGGACACGAUAAUAGAAUCCCCAACGGAGUUGGAAAUUGACGAUUGGCUAAACUUUUCCUUUCCCAACGCCAACGUCAUCAAUCUCCGCAAGGCACUCGAUAACAUAUACCAAAAGGUGAUAACAGAACCAAGCUAUAGAUAUUCCAAGUUCGAUGACUUAACUUUGAAUACUUUGGAAACUGUUUUGAACGAAGAAGAGAAAACAGCAGAGUUAAGGAUACCUAGGUAUUUCGAUCCACUGCAAACACUAUCUACGUAUGUGCCACCUCACCUUCGUCGUCAUGCACCAUCAAACCACCAUCGUCAUGAGCAAAACAGUAGAGGAGGAGCUGUUCCUAGAGGUGGACUGUAUCGUAACGACUUCCGUCCAGGUGGAUCCCACAGUAGGGGCCAUCAUCAACAAAGUUACUCAAGACAAAAUCACUACAGAGGAACUAAUAGCUAUCGUAGAGUUAAAACUGGAAAUAGUUCACGAUCAAUAGAGGCAGCUACCGAAGACAAUAACAUCUGUGGUUCAAUGGAGACUUUAAACUUGGUACCUCAAAGUCCCGCAGAUUUUCUUCUUUCUGCAAUCACGAAGAACCGCACUUCCUAGUGACCGUAAGUCGUAUCGAAACGGCAAAACGUUAGUUAACAAGGAACGAAGAGAUGACUUUUAUGAUAGUUAUGACAGAUGGAAGCAUUACUAAAAAGCUGUGUCUUCGAUGUGAUAGUGGGAAUGAUAGUGCAAACAAAAAAUACCUUUCAUAAUUUGAAACCAUUCUUUAUGGGACAAGAGGCUAUGUCGUCUUCGUCUUUUACAAAAUGGAAUUGUAUUCGAAAGAAGACUAUUACAAUUAUUUAAGAUAUUUUUCCUGUAGUUUCUCCAUCAAUUUGUUAAAAUUAAGUUAGGUACUGUUUUUCUUCUCCAGUGUAAUUGCGGUGUAUUUUGUUUCACAAUAUACGGAAAAUAGCUAUUUGUAUAACAAGGGAGGAAGAGGCACUUUACUCCCAUGUUAUACAUGAUUUUCCCACCUUCCUCAAAUAACAAGUCAUUUUUUCAUCUUUAAAUAAUUUAUUUAUGUAAUUAAGUAACACAAUUUAUUAGAAAACUAAAACUAUAGUCGGUUCGCUAAACUCAGACACAACUGGCUAUUGAUUUUAGUAGGUAAUUUUAUUGUUGUUGGCCAAUUUUGCCAAAAUUGGCAAAAUUACUAACUAUGUAGUAAUUAUUAACUAAUUAGUAAUUAUUUUUUUGUCAAUUUUACGAAAUUGGCAAAAUUACUUAUUAAAAUAACUAGCCAAUUGUGUCUGAGUUUAACAAACCGACUAUAACAAGUAAGUACAGCAGAACUGUCAACUGUCAAACAGAAGUCAAAUUAUUAAUGUAAACAUUGUUAAAUCAAAAUAAUAAUUUACUGUUUUUUCCAUUCUGCAAAAUACAGGGUGUUCUAUAAAUAAACGUUAAAAUGUAUAGAUACUUACGUAAUAGAUAAUAGAAUAUUGUAUAGGGCGUCAAUAAGUUAUUUCAUCAAUGACAUGCCAUGACGUCACUUUUACUUUCACUCCCUAGGGAGAAAAGUACGACUUUGCUCCCUACAAUCAGGUCAGGAAAAGUAUACUUUCGGUAGAGGUAGGUGGAAAACAAUUUUUCCACCUACCUCUACCCAAACUAUAUAUUUCCUGACCUGAUUGUAGGGAGCAAAGUUGUACUUUUCCUCCCUAAGGAGACAGAAGUCGUACUUUUCCUCCCUAGGGAGACAAAGUACAGUUACUCACUAGGGAGUAAAAGUAAAAGUGAUGUCAUGAUAUGUCAAUGAUGAAAUAACUUAUUGACGCCCUAUAUAAUAUUCUAUUUUCUAUUACGUAAGUAUCUACACAUUUUAACGUUUAUUUAUAGAACACUCUGUAUUUUGCAGAAUGGUAAAAAACAGUAAAUUGUUAUUUUGAUUUCACAAUGUUUACAUUAAUAUUUUGACUUAUAUUUGACAGUUGACAGUUAUGACUGUACCUACUUGUUAGUUUUAGUUCUCGAAUAAAUUUUAUUAGUUAGUUACAUAAGUAAAUUAUUUAAAAAUGAAAAAAUGACUUGUUAUUUGAGGAAGGUGGAAAAAUCAUAUGUAUAACAUGGGCGUAAAGUGCCUUUUCCUCCCUUGAUUGAUUACUGCCCUCCGCUACGCGUCGGGCAGUAAACUUCAUUCUCGGGAGGAAAAGCAGCACUUUGCUCCCUUGUUAUAAAAAUAGCUAUUUCCUAAUUUAAAAAGACAUUAAUUUAUUCUUACCUUUUUACGAAACGACUGGUUAAAAAAACUAUUUUAGCUUAGUAUAUAUUAUGACUUUUCAUGUAUAUGUAAAGAGUGUUUUGACCAAAAUGAGUUAAUGGUCUUGUGUGAUUUAAUGUACAUUUUUGUUUAGUUAAGUACUAUUAAAGGAAUUUAUUUUGUGAUAAAUAUUGAAAUAGAAAAAUUAAUACAUA